AUCAUGUUAGGUUGUUUACGUAAAAUUUCAUGUGUUAUACAAAAAAAAUGAACGUCGUAUUGAAGAAAAUAAUCGUAUAACUGAACAGGAAAAACAAAGAUUAUCACAAGCAACACAAAUUGUAUCAACGAAUGCUCGUGAAUUAUUAAAACGACUUCUAUAUAAAAUUCCAUACAUAACACCUUCAGAAUCAUUAACAAAAACAAUUCAAUUAAAACCACUUUUACCAACAGAUAUUGUCGAACAAUUAACAAAUACGAAAAAUAAAUUUAUGGAACUUUUUCAAAUUGAUCCAAAUAUAUUUGAUACAACAAUAAAUGAAGAUGAACCAUCUUUAACACAUUCAUUAAAUACAACAUUUCCAAUAAAGUGUCAGUCUUUAUCAACAUCAAUCACAGAAUCAUCAUUAAAUGUUUCCUAUUCUCCUUAUGAACUUGAAAAUCCAAUAUUAUCUCCACCAAAUCCAUUUGAACUUCGUCCAUUACUUUGGUUCAAUCGGCAAUUAUCAGAAAAUAUUAAUCUUCGAUAUGCCGAUAAAAUCAAUUCAUUAUAUAAUCGUCAAGGUUUUCUUGGUGCAUUCUUUCGUCAAUUAUUCUAUGGUCCAAAUGAUCAACGAUUUCAUUCCAUACGUACACCACAAAUAAAUUUUCGUCAUUUUACUGAUAUACGUACUUUACUUGUAUUACUAAUCAUCUAUGUUUUCUUACGUUUUACUAUUGGUGGAAAUAAUUUACCAUUAAAUAUUUUGUUAUUAACUAUGGUUAUUUUAAUUUGGAAUAUCUUUCGAACAAUCCAAACAUAUAGACAAUCGUUGACUUCAUUGUAA